CACUAUUCCAACCAGACACUUCACCCAUUUAUACGCAACACAGCAAACAAUGCCGACUCGCCGACCACCCCAACAUCACAGUAGAGGAUGGUAUGUACAGUUGGAAUGGGAAAAGGAAACACAAUUGUCAGGGAAGGAGGUGGAAAACGGCUGCAGACAUAAUGUAUGCCACAAUACCUUUACCCACCUAUGCUUCCCAGUAGGACGAAAGCUGCUUCCUCUCUGGAAACUUCAUACAAAAGCUAAGUACCAUAUAAUUAACCCCCAAAGAUAGAAACAAGUAUUCACAAGCGUAUAUUUCGGAAAAUAAUCCC